GUGUGUGAGUGAGUGAUUGGUGAGUGAGUGAGUGAGUGUGUGUGUGUGUGUGUGUGUGUGUGUGUGUGUGUGUGUGUGUGUGUGUGUGUAAAGGACACACAGAUCUUGUGGGGGGAUUGAGGAGGAACUUUGUGGUGUGAUGAUGUUGAAGGUGUUUGUGGAUCUGAUGUCCCAGCCGUGUCGAGCUCUUUUAAUCUUCCUCACCGUCAAUAAAAUUCCACACACACUGCACACCAUCGCCCUGCGCAAAGGACAGAACAGGACUCCGGAGUUCGCUAAACUCAACCCAAUGCAGAAAGUUCCAGUUAUAGAGGAAGACGGCUUCAUUCUCACAGAGAGUGAUGCUAUACUGAAAUACCUGAGUGCCGCCUACUGUGUCCCAGACCACUGGUAUCCACAGCAACCUCAGAAGAGGGCGAGAGUGGAUGAGUACACGGCCUGGCACCACAUGAACACACGCCUCCACUCCUCCAAAGUGUUCAUCACAGAGGUGUUAAUUCCGCGGUUAACAGGACAGCCAGUGGACGAUGUUAAACUACAGCGUGCUCUGAGGGAACUGGACAAAACACUUGAUAAAUUGGAGACGAUGUUCCUGAAAGAGAAGGACUUCCUGUGUGGUGAUAAAGUCACACUGGCUGACCUGCUCGCUGUCUGUGAGCUCAUGCAGCCCUUGGGUGGAGGCAGAGAUGUGCUGAAGAAUCAUCCGAGGCUGAAGGAGUGGAAGAGUCGAGUUCAGGCUGUGCUUGGUGACUCGUUUGACCUCGCCCAUAAAAUCCUGUACACACUGAAAGAUAAACACAACAGUAAACUGUAACACACACAGGAACUGGCUCUCACUAUGUGGCAAUUGAUUAGUUGGAUGUAAUUAAAGUGUCAGGAAACCUUUAAUGUGUGAAAAGUGAAGCUUCUGUUUAUAUUCAUUAUAAACUCACACUUACCUUAAGAAAAUUUCCCUGUAUUGAGUAAUUCUUUAAAUAAAAUCCACAAUCCUGCUGUUUUA